GGACAUUUUGUGCCUACACCGCCGAUAUCACUACAUAUAACGGCUAUGUAGCGGGUGCCCGUCACUAUAGCUCCCACGAUUUCGGGUUUUUGCUGAUGGGCCGACGAAUUCAUUCCAAGACAUCAUGUUAUCCUUUUGACCAUUUUUCAUAAGGCCCGUUUAUAAGUAGUUUUUUCUGCCGCAGUCGAUGUGCGUGAGAGGAAUAACGCCGUCACUGUCCUCCAUGACCGAUCCGAUAACAUAUAUUCUGUGAAUCUUUGCCAGUCAGGUCUGUCUGCGCAGGCGGCCCUGAGGUUGCCGUUGUAGCAGAUAAGUCAAGGAAACACUCAGUCUUCAAGCUUCAUGAUUUGCAUCUAAGCUAUUUUAUCUGAUGGUAGCAUUAUUCUACGCGUCUCGAAUGAGUGUCGUGGCGCUGGUAUUUCAUAGUGUUGCCAUCCUCUGUACCAUCUUCAGGCUCGCUUACAGAGGCUGGAUGCAUCACUCGUGGUGGGAGGAUGCAUGGGCGGCAUUUGCACUAAUCGGAGACGCUGUUUGCCUGGCAUGUAUCUGGCUCGACAGCCCAAGCAUAACUUUCUGGAUCCUCAUGGUGGCUUUCACCUCUGUCCAAUGGGCUGCACGCAUGAGCGUUAUUUUCUCCAUCAUCCGCAUCACCAACCACUCAAACUUCAAGAUACACAGACAGAUCACCUAUUUUAUUGCAGUUUCCUUCGCGUGCAUGUGGGUCGCGCUCCUCGCUCAUAGGAUCACCUUGUGUGCAUUCUACUCCUGCCUCGUGGGCAAGUCGGUGGCGCUCUCGCUUCUUAUCACAGAUGUCAUCGCAGAUAUUUCUCUUGUCGCUGCACCACUAUAUCUCUGGAGAAAUGUAGGGCUUUCGCGGAGCACAAGAUACUGGUUCUAUCCGCUUUCAGCGCAUCACUUUCUAAACACAGCCACCACGAUCCCCCACUCUAUAAUCGUCCUUAAGGCCCACAAAAUAAAUGCGAUUAUGAUCAUCGUCACACACGUCAAGACCGCACUCAGUCUCGUCAUCUGCGACCUCCUGGUUAUCGCUACCGCUAUAUAUCACGUAUUCUGGAAGGAAACAUUUGAUCCUCGACCAGUCAUGUGGGGUCUUCACGAGUGUCAUUGUAGUACAGAUGCCCUGUACCACGAACACCGGGACAUCACUCACAUUACUAGAAGAGGGGGGUAUAGAGACCAAGACGAUGAAGGCGAAGAUGGAAGACGCAAGGGUAGUGUAUAUUGAAGAGGGCGCUGGUACUUAGUACGGCCAGAAACUUGUACGUAGGAUCGAUGGUGAGGAAAGUUGUAAAACAUGAUGGCAGCCCGCAGUACGGUACUCUUCGGCUAGUGACGUGCAGGGCCGAACCUUCGAAUGCCCAGGGCCUCAGGCUGGCCUGCUAUUUGACUAG